CCUGAGAAACACACGGCGGCGGAGGAGAGACAGAGAGAGAGAAGGGGGUCACAUCAGAAAGUGCGACAGAGGAAAACAAGACAGAAAAGAGGGAGGCAGAGGGACGCUGUAAGGAUAGUGGUUCUCACUGUCAAUUGCUGAGGUUAAUAAACAAGGAACAGUGCUAUCAGGAUGUUGAUGCUGGAUGGGAUGCCAGCCCUGCCAGUCAAAAUCGAUCCUGCAGAGUCACAGAGACGGUCUCCUGUGAUCCAUGACUACACAGAGAUGGGCGUGCUAGUGUUGAACCGCAGAUUUCGGACACCUUCAGAUGAUAGACGAUUCCUGUCCGACCCCUUCCAGAUGCAAACAGAGCCCGUGGACCUGUCCACUAACAGAGCCAGAACCUCCCCAUCACUUUCAGCAUCGUCAUCUUUAUCCUCGUCUCCCUCGUCGUCCUCAUCAUCAAUACGAUUUUGUCCACGGUCCCCUCCUUCCAGCAAGUCUGUGUCAUCUUCAUCACCAUCAUCAUCAUCUAUGCCUUCAGCCUCCUCCACUUCUGUCAUAACGCCUGUUCCUCGUUUGAAGAUGUCUCCAGUGGUGGCCUCUCCCCCGUCCAGGUGUCUUAGGGGGCAGUCGUUUUUGCACAUACCCCAGCUGCUGCCUCCUUGCUCCAGCCCGGUCCACCUCCACCCACGCCGUGUGCCAGUGGUGGUGCAACCCAUGCCGCUGGUCUACCCUGGAGUAGGAUCACUGGGAAACAGCAGGCUCAUGAUGCCGCUGCUGGAGGAAAACAGGAUGCACAGGAAAGUGUGCAUGUGA